GGAAGCAUUAUGGGGUGUACAGCUGCGAGGGGUGUAAGGGCUUCUUCAAGAGGACCAUCCGCAAGGACCUGACCUACACGUGCCGGGACAACAAGGACUGCGUGGUGGACAAGCGCCAGCGCAACCGCUGCCAGUACUGCCGCUACCAGAAGUGCCUGGCCACCGGCAUGAAGAGAGAAGCCGUGCAGGAGGAACGCCAACGCGGGAAGGAGAAGGACGGUGACGGCGACUUGAUGGCCAACGCCAACGAGGAGAUGCCGGUGGAGAAAAUCCUGGAAGCCGAACUCGCCGUAGAACAAAAAUCCGACCAGAGCGUUGACGGCGCCGGCCCCACCUCGCCCAAUGACCCGGUGACCAACAUCUGCCAGGCCGCCGACAAGCAGCUCUUCACGCUGGUGGAAUGGGCCAAGAGGAUCCCCCACUUCUCCCAGUUACCCCUCGACGAUCAGGUCAUCCUCCUACGGGCAGGCUGGAACGAGCUGCUCAUCGCCUCCUUCUCCCACCGCUCCAUCUGCGUCCAGGACGGGAUCCUGCUGGCCACCGGCCUCCACGUGCACCGCAGCAGUGCCCACAGCGCCGGCGUGGGG